CUUGACAACUAUCGCCUCCGGGACAAACCGCUGAGGCCGGUCCAUCGGCUCGGCUUCGACCAUGGUGAUCACCAGCCGUGCAGCCUCGAGAGACAUCCUUUAUGCCGCGGGUGGACAAUAAUCCGGAUCCAAAGCCUAAGGCAAUUAGAUGUGACAGACGGUUUCUGCCCGGAGGCCACAGCUAUGCUGCAGAGCUGGAUAUUUGUGCGUGUGCUUGAGGCUCUCACCGACGAGCAAAUCUCCGAUGACCAGUUCCUUAACAGAAAGCUCCAACGCACUGUUGGUACAAUACUCUGUUGGGUGGCUGAGUUCAUAGCUGCCGCACUCAACCCCUGCCAUGCUUGCCUGGCGUGCCCGGGUUAGUACUGUGUAAUGAUGACCUCCCAACCCUUUUCUAAAAGUCCUUUGUCCAUGCUGCUUUAAUUAAGCUUGCCGAGGCUUUCGUGCCCAGGAUGAGCGGCUAUCGAUGAAAUCACCUCAUCAAGCUCCCCUACAGUUGGCAUCCUGCUCAGUUUUCCUCUUCAGCGGCCUCGAUCUGCUUUGGCAUCGGCAUGGCGACUGCGCAGAAGCUUGAAGCCACCUCUGGUGGCAAAGAAUACAUUGAGAGAACCAUCGAGGUCUUGACACCUACAUUUGAGAACGAUCCGGUUUACACAUGGCUUCUUCAAAACUUGCCCGUUUCUAAACACCAGUCGGUGUUGCCCAAGCUACUCCGCGCUUUUUUUCACCAGGGCACGCGCAAUAGUGGUGUGUUUAUUGAGGUGGGCGAUUUCGGGUCUUGCGGUCUAUUCAUGCCGCCGGGCGCGCAAAUCGAGAACCCAUUCACGAUGUUGCAGGCAGGACUGCUUUCAGCUCUUUAUAAUGUCGGCUUUGGGCCCUUCAAACGUGUUAUAUUCGAGUAUGCUAGCGCUACUGAGAUCAAGCUUAAAGAGACCUUCACCAAAGAGGAGCAGAAGAGCUAUUGGUACGUUUUCAUUAUGGGAUCAGCAGUUGACCGUCUUCGGAAGGGCUACGCCAGUGCAUUGCUUGUACACUUGCAGAACCGAGCAAGAGGCGAUGGGCAUCCGAUCUGGCUUGAGGCUACCACCUUGGAGUCUCGGGAUCUGUACUUGAAGCAUGGAUUUACGGAUGUUGGGAAGAUUGUCCUAGGUGCGGGAAAGGUCGGCUCAGACGGCCUACCCAAAAAAGACGGCGAAGGCAUCACGAUUUGGUCGAUGUUUUGGAGGCCCUAGAGAUGAAGAAAUAAUCAUAUUUCAAUUUGAUUAAUUUAUUUUUAUUUUUAUUUUUAUGUUACAC